AUGGCGAAGCGCAAAAGUGACGCAGUAAACGAGGAAAAGGGUUUCCCAAACAGUGGAUAUACACGCAUAUCUAAAAUUCUUCGGGGUGAACCCGUGGGUGCUAUUGAACCUGUCAUGAGUUCCAGCAUCAAUAGCCCGACGACAUUCUUCAGCCACAACAAUACAACUACAGGCCAGAGGUUUGGCCAGUCGACAGACUUUCUACCAUUGACACAAGUCGGUGAUGAAGAUGAAGAUGAACAAGCGGCAAAUGCCGUCGAGGGAGCACAAGGGGGUGAUGAUUCCUCCUUGGCGAGCACCGUGCUUUAUGGCAUUCUUGCUGGCAAAAUUGUAGGUGUACGCUUCUACGGAGGCCGUGCUAACCCUAAUGAACGAGUAAUUGUCAAACGAGAGCCUACCAAUAAAUAUGACCGAAAUGCCAUUCGCGUGGAUAAUGUCAUGGGUGCGCAGAUUGGUCACAUUCCGCGAGCAAUGGCUGCCAAACUGGCACCAUAUAUGGAUGCACACGAUCUUGUUGUUGAAGGCGAGUUAACCGGGCCCAUUGGAGGUUUCACUUGUCCUGUGGCUGUGAAGCUAUUCGGAUCUUCCGAUCCCGUUCAGCGCUCAACUCUUAAGAAGAGAAUGCAAGAUGACAAGCUCCCCGUGCAACAGAUCACCAAGGCAGAGCGCGAGGAAGCCAAGCAGAAGAAGGAAUUUGAAAAAAAUGAGAUGCAAGAGGCAAAGAAGGCUCGUUCAAUGGCUCUUGGCCGUGCGACAGCUGAAUGGCAAGCCAAGGAGAAGUCCGACUUUAGGAACCUUUCGACUCCACUGGGAUUCGGCGAGGCAGAACAAGAGAAUCUGGAAAACCUGAUCAACCAGAGCAAGACCUUCAAUCCGCGAGAUAUUGGCCAGGUUGUGGAAACAUUUGGACAGAAAGAAUCUGAUCUGGCUGACAUGUCCAUGGUGGAUUCACCGCCUGGUCUUUUUACACAGCUGCUUCCAUAUCAGCGACAGGGACUCGCUUGGAUGAUCAAGCAAGAGUCGCCCACUCUUCCAGCACGUGGAUCUGAGCGCAUUGUUCAAUUGUGGAAGCGGGACAGCAAGGGCUUCGUCAAUGUCGCAACGAAUUAUUCCAUGUCGAAGGAUCCCUCUCUGGCCCGUGGUGGUAUUCUGGCAGAUGACAUGGGACUGGGAAAGACUAUUCAGGUCAUCUCAUUGAUAAUAGCGGAAAGUGCCCCUCCAAACGCAGGCUCCUCCAAGUCCACCUUGAUUGUUGCCCCUGUUGGUGUCAUGAGUAACUGGCGAAACCAGAUAACAGAUCACGUUAAGCAUGAAUGUGCUCCGAGUGUUUUGAUAUACCACGGCUCCGGCAAGAAGGAGGCGGGAAAGCUGGCCGACUAUGAUGUUGUCAUCACCAGCUACAAUGCAUUGGCUUCUGAGUUCAAUAGUACUGCGAAGGAGCCUCCUGCCCAAGGGAUCUUCUCACUUCAAUGGCGUCGAGUUGUGCUGGAUGAAGGUCAUACAAUCCGCAAUCCCCUUUCAAAGUCUUCUUUGGCUGCUAGUGGGUUGCGUGCUGACUCUCGCUGGUCCUUAACCGGCACUCCCAUUAUCAACAGUCUCAAGGAUUUGUAUUCUCAGGUUCGCUUCCUGGGGCUUUCCGGUGGACUGGAAGAUCGGGGUAUAUUUAACGCUGUCUUGAGCCGACCCUUGACCCAAGGAGAUCCGGAUGCUCGACUUCUUCUGGAAGCUCUCAUGGGGACAAUCUGCCUGCGUCGGAGAAAGGAUAUGGCUUUCAUCAACUUGAAAUUGCCAGAGAUGACAUCUCGCCUCAUUAGAAUCAAGUUCAAAGCUCACGAGCGGGAGAAAUACAGUGCAUUCCAAAACGAGGCUCAAGGCGCGUUGUUGGACUUCAAGGAUAAAGAUGGCAACACCAAGUACUCUCAUCUAUUGGAGGUUAUUCUGCGUCUUCGUCAAGUCUGUAACCACUGGGCAUUGUGCAAGAACCGGAUCAACAAGCUUCUGACCGUGCUAGAAGAGCACAAGAUCGUUCCUCUGACACCAGAGAACGUCAAGGCCCUGCAAGACAUGCUGCAGCUUCAAAUUGAAAGCCAAGAACCAUGUCCAAUCUGCCUGGACAACCUCGAUCAGCCCGUCAUAACAGCCUGUGCCCAUGCCUACUGCCGUGGCUGCAUUGAGGAGGUCAUCGAACGCCAACACAAGUGUCCCCUCUGUCGCGCCGAGAUCAAAGACAACAACGUGCUGGUCUCACCAGCUGCGAACUUGGGUGAAGAUGACGGCAUGCAAGCUGACCCCGGCAGCCCAAGUAGCAAGAUUGAGACUCUCGUCAAGAUCCUCACGGCCCAGGGCCAAGCACCAGGAACCAAGACCGUAGUGUUUAGUCAGUGGACCUCCUUCUUGGACUUGAUUGAGCCACAGCUUCAGCAGCACGGUAUCAAGUAUGCCCGCGUCGACGGCAAGAUGCAAUCCUUGAACCGUGACAACAGCAUCAACGCCUUCACCCACGACCCAGAUUGCGUCGUACUGUUGGCGAGUCUGAGUGUAUGCAGCGUCGGUCUCAACCUUGUUGCGGCGAACCAGGUCAUCUUGGCUGACAGCUGGUGGGCACCGGCCAUCGAGGACCAGGCUGUUGAUCGUGUGUACCGGCUCGGACAGAAGCGAGAAACAACAGUGUGGCGUCUGGUUAUGGAGGAUAGCAUCGAGGAGCGGGUGCUGGCGAUCCAGGAACGGAAGAGGAGUCUCAUGCUUGCUGCCUUUCGUGAAACGGCGAAGAAGGCUGAGGAUCGGGGGACGCGUGUUGCUGACCUCGAGUCGUUGCUGCAGUAG